CCGGUGACUUCUUUGUCAAAUCCCAAAACCCUGGCCCAGUGUCAGGUUACUGACUUCUUCGCAGGAAUCCAGUGAGACAUACCAGUUAUUAUUUUCCUUAGAAGAUCACCAUGCAGGCUGUCGGAGGAGAUCCCGUGCCAUGUGCCAACUGCAUUCCCUUACGACAGUAUCCUACAUAUGGCUCCGACAUACAGCCCGCUGAUGAGGAGGGGCAAAGACCGAAGAGCCUUGGCUUUAGCAACGACAGCAUUCGCAGGGGAUUUGUGCGAAAGGUGUACCUGAUCCUGCUGGCCCAGUUGAUUGCCACUUUGGGCCUCUUGGCGCUGCUGACCUGCGACGAUGAUGUCAAGUUGUACGUGCAGGAGAGUAAGGUGCUAUUCUUGCUCGCCUGGGUGGGGAUGCUGGUCACCCUGGGCAUCCUGACCUGCAACGAGGGCGCCCGUCGGCGGACGCCCACGAAUUUUAUCUUUCUGAUGAUGUUCUCCAUCGCCCAGUCCUUCCUGGUCAGCGUUGUGGCAUGCCGCUAUGCCCCGAAGGAAAUCUUCAUGUCUGUGGUGAUCACGGCAGUGGUCUGCCUGGGACUCACCGUCUUUGCCCUGCAGACACGCUUUGAUUUCACCAUGAUGGGCGGGAUGCUGGUGUCCUUCCUGCUGGUCCUGCUAGUUUUUGGAUUCGUGACGAUGUUCGUGAAUAGCUCCGUAUUAAGCAAGGUGUUCGUCUGCCUGGGCGCCCUCCUCUUCUCCUUUUAUUUGGUUUUCGACACUCAGAUGAUGAUGGGCGGCAAGCAUCGCUAUUCGAUCAGUCCCGAGGAGUACAUUUUCGCCGCCCUCAAUCUCUACAUGGAUAUGGUCAACAUCUUCCUGGACAUACUGCAGAUGAUAGGGGGAUCCGACGGUUGAGGCGGCGUCCUUUCUGUCAUUACUCAUUCGUUAUUCGAUUAUUCCACCCACUGACUUAGGGUCGAAAAUUAAUAAAUCAAAUUGUGCAGCAUCAA